AGUGCAGAAGAAGAAGAAAAGCCGGAAGCAAAAAUAGGUAGACUGGCGAGCUAAAAUAUGUUUGUCAUUUUAUAUAAAUAAGUUUUUCUUUGCAUUUUAAUUAUCACGAUAAGCUGACCAGCAGCACAGCAGAGAUGGAGGCUUUUGAACCAGGCGAUGAUCCUGAUGUGCAGGGGGCAGAGGCAGUAGAAGCAGGUCCUGCUGGACACAGCGAGACUUCUGCCAAGCCUGUUUCAGUUUUGCUGGAAGAGGCAGUCCAGUUCAAAACUAAAGGAAAUACUUUCUACAAGCAGAAAAACAUUCGCUCUGCCAUUGGCCAUUACCACCGCGCCCUGCUGGUGCUCCGAGGCCUCGACUCCACUGUGAUGGCACCAGUGAAAGGGUUUGGACCUGAGAAACCUCCUCUCACACUGGAACAGGAGACUUUGCUUAGAAACACACAAGUUGACUGCUACAACAACCUAGCUGCCUGUUUGCUGCAGAAACAGAAGGUGGAUUCCACUCGGGUCCUGGAGUACAGCCUGCGGGUGCUUCAGUGGCAGCCAGGCAACCUAAAGGCACUGUACCGGGCGGGGGUGGCCACGCUGGAGAUGGGAGAUGCACAGACAGCCAAACAAUACCUCACCCAGGUCUGCAAAGAGCAACCAAAUGAUGCUAAUGUGAGGAAGCACCUGCAGAGGGCAGAAGAGAAGCUAAACCGAGAGCUGCAGAAAGAGAGAGCCAUGUAUCAGGGCAUGUUCUCCUCCAGCUCAAAGGAAGGCACAGUGGAGAGAGUUAACCCGCCAAACAGAGCCGGUGAUGGAGUUUAGAUGGACUCGGUGUGCCAAACGAAACCUCAACCUCUGACAGGCUGGACCACCUGAGAGGAAGAUACACUUGUUGAACCGUAAUGCCGCCAGGUUUUUGUGAGUUUGAAGGAGGAAUAGGAAUGUAAAGGUUUCUGCAGAUUACAGAUCGCGGGAAAGCAACGAGCAGGACAGUAAACAUGUCAUGGCUGAAAAUAGAAAAGAGGACAGAAGAGUUAGUUUCCUAGCAACAUGAAAAUGAAGAAAGUCAAGUAAUCUGUGCUCAUGAACGUCAAAGUGACUCUUUAUGCACUACCAAAAUGCCUCUAUGAUUGUCUCUUCAGUAACAGGAAUGUUGGUUUUCGAGUUUUCCUGAAAUGUUUUAUUUAAAAAUCUAGUUGUGUGUUUUUUUGUUUUUCUUUUUCAAAUAAAAUACACAUAUUUUAGACA